AUGCUCACUUGGCACCCGCAGGCCGCCACCAUACUGGGUCCGGCGGACUCCCCCUUUGACGGCGGCAUCUUCUCGCUGAAGCUCACGUUCACAGAUGCGUACCCCAGCCGGCCGCCACGGGUCCGGUUCUGCUCGGAGAUGUGGCACCCAAACAUUUACUCUGACGGACAUCUUUGCCUGGACCUGCUGCAGGAUGCUUGGUCGCCAUGUCACAGCGUCAGCACCCUACUCACGUCCAUCCAAUCACUCCUGACAGACCCUAACUGCAGCAGUCCUGCCAACCCCGAGGCAGCGCACCAGUAUGUUGCGGACCGCGUAGCAUACAACCGCCGCGUGCGCCGGCUGGCAGAGAAGACGCUGGAGUGA